UCGCCGGUCGCGCAUCGCGGCAUCGCUUUCCAUGGGAGAUGUCUCGGGAUGGCUCUCCAGGUGUUGAUAGCCCAUACGGGCCAGCGGCUGGAGGUCGAUAUCGCACAGUUCUCCGUCCUCGAUGAUCUCAAGGCCUGGGUCUCCAGGAACACCUCGAUCCCACCUCAGCAUAUCGUCGCCUUGACCCCUCACGGGCGCACCGUCAAGUUUGCCAACCUGCAUGCGGAGAAAGAAGUCUUUAUCUACGACAUCCGAAUAAGCGCGUCGGGAGCCGCAAACCUGAUCGUCCCAAUCUCUGCGCCGAAGCCUUACGCUAUCACGAGUGCGCCGAACUCGAUCGACGACGUACAAGCGAUAUCAUCAUGGCAAACCCUGUACCAAGAUCGCCGCAACUGGGCGAUGCGCCUGGCGGAAGACUGCGGACACAUGAAUGCGGCAACACACGCACGAUACGACGAAAUCGACGUCAUCAUCAAGUGCCUGGAUGCCGCGGUAACCAACCUCGAAAUCAGCAUCAAGCAGAUUGAACCGAAAUACACUGACCUGAAGAAAUGGGUCACACCAACCUUAGAAGAGCAUGGAAACUUGGUAUCGAGAUGGGAGCGAUGUCUCGAGCUGGCGAAGAAUACCCCAAUUUCGCCCCUGAUGGUCAAAUUCAUGACUCGACGAGAGGUUAAGAAGUCCAAGCCGACCCUGGAAGACCUGAUCGAGCUGGAUACUGCCAAAAAGGCAGGGAAGCUAGCACCAACCGCUCAUCGGAGGUUCAGUGAUAAGGCCAAAGAACUCGACAAUGCGGCUUCGCGCAUGUACCAGGGCUUGGAAGCAUUGAUCGGCGACUUUGAGAAGUUGAUGAGCCGUUCUGCUCUAACUCAUAGCGCCGACUCUGCGCAGCUCCUCGAGGACAUCGAGGCGGUGGUGAAACAGAUGGACUCUGACUAUCGCACGGCUCUAUCAUACAGCAAUUCGCAACGCGACCUCGCCCAGGCGUCCAAGACAGCCUCUAUUCACACUGAGCAUAUGGUGCCAACAUUGAAAAUGCGAGCCCAGGAGAUGGACGACAUGCUUCACUAUGCCACCGAUGCGCGCAACUCCAUUGCCUCCGAGUCAGCCAAGUUUAUGCGAUACGUCACAGAGAUUACAUCUCUACACAGCAAUGUCAAGACCCAGAUCAACGUGCUCAACCAGUCCGAGGAUGACAUGACAACAUUUGAUUACUUGCGUCUGAUCCAUCAGCUCCCUUAUAUGUACGCUGCCUUUGUGGCAGAAGCUGUUCGACGCCGAGAAUGGGUCGACAAGGUCAAGACUGAUUCGUCGACCCUGGCCAACGAGAUGGCGCUUUUUCAAGACGAAGAGUCGAAGCGGCGGCGCAAAUGGCAGAAGAUGAUUGGCAGUAUGUAUGGACCAGACCUGGACACGAAUGUCAUGGGUCUCGAAGUCAACUUGCUUGGAGAAGACAUUCCCUGGCCUUCAGUGACAAAGGAGGAUCUGACAGAUUUCAUUCAGAUCCUGCAAGAGCAAGAUAUUGAUCAGGCUGUUCUAGGCGACGUGGUGAAGCUUGUGCAAGAUCUUGAUCAUCCGACAAAGCAGCAGUCCAAGAGACUCAAGGCCUUUAAGAAUGGGAGCGUGCAUGAGGCAGCUCUUGGAAGGAGCGGACUGAUGAUUCGAGGAGAUGAUGAUCUCCUCCGGUCGCUCCAGGAUGACAAGGGCAAACUCGAGAACAAGCUCAAGACAGCUGAGAGUCGGGUUCGGCGGUUGGAAGACCUAUUACAUCGGCAGAGCCAGGCAACCCGUCCGGGAAAUCUCUUCCAUCCUUCAGGUCCUCCUCAACAACGCGAAAGGGGCAACUCCGGUUCUUCGGUCAGAUCAAGUCGGUUCGAUGACCGCAGACGAUCUUCAGAUGGCUUGGAUCCAUUACUACGCCGUGUCACUCAGUUGGAGAAUGAGCUACGGGAAGAGAAGCAGCGUUCGACUCGUCUACAACAAGAGCUCGCGGCCCAAACAACCCAGCAUGAGGAUGUGAAGAGCCACAAUGAAGACUUGAAACGCCGACAUGAGGACCUGAACGGCCAGAUUCAAGAGGUUAACACCACCAAGAAGGAUCUACUCGAAAACAUGGAGGCAUUCAAGCGCGAGUUUCUGGAAGAAAGGAAGUCACUGGAGAGCGAGAUCAAGACUCUCAAAGCCCGCCUGGAGGACACUGAGGACGAAAUCGAGCAUUUCGAUGAGUCUAGGCAGCACGAAAAGGCUGGCUAUGUUGUCAGAGUGGAGGAGCUUGAGGCUGAGAUUGAGCAAAUCAACAAGCAACGCCAGGACGAUGCUCUCAAGGCUCAGGGCCAAGUCGAAUUUCUCAGGAAAGAGACGAGGAUCCAGAGGGAGCAGCAGGAGACUUUGGAGCGACAGGUGCAGUCAGCUCAGGAGGAAGCUCGCAAUGCCUCAAGAAUGUUGGCGACUGCCGAGGAGACCUCUGAAAAUCAGUGGCAGGCCUUGAUAAAGCUCUAUGCGGAGCUUUCACCCGAUGUUGCCAUCCCUGACAACUUGGUGGAUCUCUCAGACUCUCUCCUUGCUGUAGCGACGGAGAUCAUUGCCAAGCUGCGCAACUCAGAUGCCGACAUUGAUCUGCUCAAGACUGAUGUGGAGCACCUCACAGCAACCGCCAAGGAACUGCGGGAACAGAUUUCUGAAAAGGAUUCAAAGCUUUCUGAAGACGAAAUCACAACUGUCCACCUUCGGGAGAGCCUCUCCAAGGAAGAGGCAAAGGUCUCUGCUCUGGAAAAGGAGCUAGCAGAUGGCAGAGAGCAGCUGACUGAGCUACGUGCUAAACUCAGUGAUGGUGAAACUGGCUCGGAAGCCUUGCAAAAGAGGGUCGAGGAAGAGGAGAAAAAGGUGAUGACACUGACGGAAGAGGUAGCAUCGAAGCAGUCUCAGGUCGGCAGUCUGGAGGAAGAGCUUCACCUGUUCCAGGAGAAGGUUGAAGCCCUCCAGGGCAAGCUGUCUACUCUGAACACCCAAUAUGAGCAACGAGACGAGAAGACAAAGGAUCUAACACAGCGACUGUACUCGCAAAACGACCGCAUGUGUCGUCUUCUCGAGCGGGUGGGCUUCGCCAUUACGCGGAAGGAUGGGGAGGUGACGGUUACCAAGAUUCCGCGAGCCGAGAGGAACGCUCAGAACCCCAACGACUCAUCCGACCCUGGCUCAUCUCUCCGUCGAUCAGGAACGCUGAGCCGUGCCAUGGCCGACAGCACGGAUCUUGAGCUCCUCUACUGGCUCAGCAACUCGGACAUGCAAGCUGAGGGCGAGAAGUACGAGGCGUUCAUGAACAAGCUUGGCAAUUUCGACAUGGACCUAUUCUCGGAGACCAUUUACCGCAGAAUUAAAGAAGUGGAACACAUGGCACGGAAAUGGCAACGAGAGGCACGGGCUUACCGGGAAAAGGCUCACCACUUGCAAAAGGACUCGCACGAAAAGAUUGCGUUCAAGCACUUCAAGGAGGGUGAUCUCGCCUUGUUCCUACCGACGCGUAACCAGCAGGCUGGAGCAUGGGCGGCCUUUAAUGUCGGAUUCCCUCACUAUUUUCUCCGAGAGCAGGAUGCUCAUCGACUCCGUCACCGGGAGUGGCUUGUUGCUCGAAUCUCACGGAUCCAGGAACGUGUGGUGGACCUCUCGAAGAGUCUACAGCCGAGCAACGAGACGGACUCGAUCAACGACGAGGAGAAUGACAAUCCCUUCCAGCUCUCAGAUGGUCUACGGUGGUAUCUAAUCGAUGCCUUCGAGGACAAACCAGGGGCUCCUUCGACUCCGGGCAUGGGCAAGUCAACGGUGGCAGCCAACACGGUGGAAGCGACAGCAAACAUACAUACCCACGCCACGGGCGCCAGGGGUAAGAGUCGUGACAGCGUCGCCAGUAUCGAGGGUAUCAACAAGACUCUAUCCAAGAGUCUCGAGAGCAGACGCAGCAGCACCGGGUCCAGAAAGGCUCUACCGUUCCAGCUUGGAGGUACGACUUUGUUAAAGAACAGCGCCCUGGCCAGUGAAACAAACUCACUCCGAGCUCACCCAACAGACACCCCUUCCGGCGCGAGUCCCACACAAGGAGGGCUUCUCACGCCGACCAAUGCCAGCACUGCACACCGGGCAGCAGCAGACGGCCAAGACGCGCAGAGGAACGAACAAGCGGACAACCCUGCCAAGUCGCCCCCGAGCGAGUCAUCAGCAAAAGGCGGCGGCGCCCGACCGGACGAGCCUCGGAUUGCGGUGCAGCGGGAGGACUCGAUUGAGAGCCAGACGAAGAAGUCGGUUGUAUGGGAUUCACUGUGGAGUGUGGACUACAACUAUGAGGGUGGCGGAAGAAAGUAG